AUGGACAAUUCAAUGAAAACCGAGGAGGAAGCUAAGGCGUGGCAGAACGAGGAGGCGGACAAGGCGCUGGAGAUCAUGGGCAGUAUCCAAGAACAACACGAAGAAUUUGAGUACCAGCGAGUGCAGCGGGAGCGGGAGCUUGCCAAGCAAGACGGCGGACGACUUCUGUCUACCGCGGCCUCGAGGAAGAUUAACGGGUGUGAGAGCAUUAGUGGAGUCGCCCCGGAGUCGCCGAGCAUCGACAUCCGCUUCUUCUCCUACAAGGCGUGGCAAGUCAGCGUCCUCCUCCUCCUCGUACUCAACGGGUUCCUCAUGACGCUGUUCCUGGACGAGAUGUAUGAACCCCAGCGCCACAUCUUCUACGACUUUGUGGUCGUCAGCAGCACGCUGCGCAUCGAUUUAAACACGCCCAGCAGCGUGGUGGAAACCUUCAGCGAGGUGAUGCGUUUGCGGUCCGAGUUCGCGGCCUCACUGCACCAGCACCUAACUCCCCAGGAGCUCACUAUUGCCGACCUUCAGGAAGAAUUAAAGGCGCGAGACGCUGCAGGCUCGGGGCUCAUCGAAGUGGACGAGCUCCGAUCUGUGCUCGAGAAGUUUGGCUUCCGUCUCACGCGGUUCCGCUUCAACAGCGUCGUCACGUACAGCCAAGUCGUUCGUCUUGAGGCGAUGACUGAGAACGAGCACCUCGUUGAGAAUGUCCAGGCCGCUGAAUACCCGGCCCACCCGCUACUGCGACCAAGUGUGCUGAUCUAUGACAACGUGGGGCAAGCAAGUGCACUAUCGCAGUCGAACUACAGUUUAUUCGCUUCAACGCGUCAGCUCCCGCUGGCCCAGUCAAGCAUGAAAGCGGAGCCGCACCCAGACCACUUCGUAGCCCUGCAGAGAUACCGGUAA